CGUCAAUUUUAUAACUUUCAAAUCCUCAAUUCAAAAAAAGCUCGCAAACAAAUCAGAUACGAAGAGAAAACGGAUAGGAGAGAGAGACACGCCAAAGCCCAAUCCUCUCAUCAACCUGCCUAUCUUCCCUGUAAAAGAGUUUCAUUUCCUAAUUUAUAAUCGAAUUAGACUUUCGAUUCUUGGGUUUUUUGAUUGAAUUGAUGGAGAGACUGGGGUCGCCGCCGGAUAUGGAGUCGCUUGGGUACGUUAGCUGGGAGGAGGUGAACGUUUCGAGCGAUAAAGGGAGGAGAGAGGUUCACUAUUACUUGAAGAGAAUGGAUGGAGGAUUAGAUCUGGCUGUGAUAGGGAAAGAGAGGAGCUUGAGGCAUAUGUCUUAUCACUACGCUGUUAGGAAUAGGUCGAUUUUAUUGUCUAUGGGGCCGUCUUUGAAGCUCAAGUCGAGACGAGAGGUCCUUGAUUGGCUCAACUCUAUUGUUUCAGAUUCACAUCUCCUUGAGUCAUCCAACCGAUUGGGUUCUUUGGAUGCUAGUGCUGCUUCUGAAUUGGAUAUUAAAAACAUUAAGGAUACUCAACUACAGAAGUUGGGCCAUCAUACGAAUGCUUUUUUAUGGUUAGGUUCUCCAUGGACAUGUAGAAAAAGACGAAAGCAUUAUCAGUCUUUUUGCCGGAAUGGUGUCAAGAUUUCUGUUCAUGACUUUGUAUACGUCUUAGCUGAAGAGGACAAAAGGCUUGUUGCUUACUUGGAAGACAUGUACGAGGACUCUAAAGGGAACAAGAUGGUUGUGGUACGAUGGUUUCACAAAAUUGAUGAGGUUGGUAUUACUUUACCUCACAAUUAUAAUGACAGAGAGAUUUUCUCUUCUCUUUGUCUUCAAGAUCUCAGUAUUGAAUGCAUAGAUGGAAAGGCCACUGUCCUCAGUCCUCAGCACUUUCAGAAGUUCCGAGAUGAGGCGAUGCACACCAUGCUGGAUCCAUUCGUUUGCUACAAGCAGUUUGAGAGUGAAGAUAUCAAGCCCUUUGACAUUACUCAAGUCAAAGGUUACUGGAAACAAGAAAUACUUAGGCAGAUGUAUAUGGUUUCUCCCCUAAAGGAUCAGACAAAUUCUCAUUGCUCUGGUGAUAGCCCGAAAGUGGAAGCAAAUUCCAAUGAUGAUUCCGGGAUCAGACCUAGGAAGAGGCUUCGUCGAUUAAAAGACAAUGAUAUUUGUAGUGGGAGUAAAGAAUCUAUGGGCACUUUAAGUGUGGAUAUGAAUAUCUUACCUAACAGUGGGUUUGACUGCAGAAGUGGAAUCGGGACCUCCAAUCUACCGGGAGGAGAAUCUACUGCUCUGUUGUGUACAACAGAGGCCAAGCAAAGUUCUCAGUGUCUAAAUGUUGGUUCUGAAGUUGAAGUGCUUUCUCAGGAUAGUGGGAUUAGAGGGUGUUGGUUUAGAGCAUUGAUAAUUAAGAUGCACAAAGAUAAGGUGAAGGUGAGAUAUCAAGAUGUUAAAGAUGCGGAUGAUGAAGCAAAUAAUUUAGAGGAGUGGAUUUUAGCUACCAGAGUUGCAGUUUCUGACCAAUUGGGUAUCCGGAUCAAUGGAAGAACGGUUGUUCGUCCUGCCCCAAAGUUAAACAAGGGUCGAGUAUCAUGGGGUUUCAAUGUUGGGACUGCUGUUGAUGUUUGGUGGCAUGAUGCUUGGCAGGAAGGCAUCGUUGUUCAUAAAGCAUCUGAAGAUAGAUUUCAUGUCUAUUUCCCAGGGGAAAUGCAGGAAUCAAUCUUUGGCCAUGCUAACCUGAGACAUUCGCAAGAAUGGUUGGGGAAUAGGUGGAUGCAUAUCAAAGAAAGGCCGGAUAUUGUGAAUUCUAUUGCGUCUUUAAAGCAAGUUGUCAAAUCUGUUGAAAACAAAUUGGUUCGACCUGCCAUUUGUGAGGCCUCGCAACCGGAAAAAAGUAAAGUUAUAUAUAGUGAUUAUUCUUCAGAUUCUGGAAGUGAUAGGGGAAGAGAACCAGAUGUGGUUCGAGAUCUUUUGAAGGAUGAUUUUCUAGCCCAGUUAAGGUGGAACAAAUCAAAGAAGAGGAGACGAGGUAAUGGGAGCUCUGGCCAGAGGACGCAUCAAAAGGGUAAAUCCAGUGGGACCUCGACAAAAUUAGUAGCCAGUGCAAACGCCUGUGACAGAUUUGUGCUUCCAAUGAGACUUAAACUUGAUCAUGAGAAUUGCAAGUAUAUGGGGGAUUCUUUAUUCUGUUCUGGUGUUGCACAGCCACUAACAAGCUUGGUUAUGUCUAGGUGAUAGAAUUUUUUAUUUUUGGGAGGACGAAAAAGCUUUUGAUGACCAUCUCUCAAAAUAGAUGUUACUCAUUGUUUUUGGUUUUUUAGAUAUAUAUGUCUUGUUGUGCAUGCACUCGAUGCACUUAGCUUUAGCUUUCUAACUGAUAUCAUCAAAUAUGAAUGCCAUAUUAACAUGUAGCUCCUCUCGCUGCCUCAUAUUGAUAUAAAUGUAACAAUAGCCUGUAUCUGCCCUGGUGCUUGUGAUCCACAAGUUUCAGGCUGCAUUUUUUGGUUGAACUUGCACACUGCAUAUUAUGUGCCUUUAGUAGUAUUUAUAGGUGAUUUCAGCUUUGUAUAAUUUUCAUAUCAAUCUCUCUGAUAAUAAACGUUUUAUCUUUUUUCCUUCCUCA